AUGGCCACGCACGCGACCUUCACCCCGUCGUCGAGCGCCGAGGACGACGCCUGGUCGCUCGACGGCUGCGUGGCGCUGCUGCACUCGUUCGACUUUGGGCGGGCGCGGCCUGCGCUCGCGGCACGAAGAAGUGGCGGUGGGUCCAUGGAGGUGCUGCUCGCGCGGCCGCUGGAGAUUGGGGUCGGCGGCGACGGCAUCAUUGGGCGGAAGGUGACGGUGUGGAGGACGGAAGCGGGCGGGGCGCGGGUCGCCGAGGGCAUCGUGGGCUUCAACUAG